AUGCCGGUAAUUCCUUGGUCGCUUUCAUUUAGCGUUGAGCUUCCCUUGCCUCAAACCCCUAGCAAGCAACUUUUCUCAGCCCCGAGUGGACCUGAAAUGGGUCGUCCGAAUGCGGCCGGGGAACAUGGUCUGUGCGCGCAUGAUUCGCCAGACAGCCCUUCGAUCGCGCUCGAUGAGAAGGAAGAUCCCAAGAGAUGGCCGAAAAGCAGAAAAUGGCUCCAUACGACAAUUGUGGCGCUAAUGACGGGAGCCAUUGCGUUUUGUUCGAGUAUCUAUACCGCAGGAACCAGCCUGAUUACUGCCACGUUUGGAUGUUCGCAGACGGUAGCUACUCUCGGAGUGACGACUUUUCUCCUGGGGUUCGCCUCGGGGCCCCUCAUCUUUGCCCCCUUGUCAGAAGUCUACGGACGCAACCCCAUCUUCCGGCUGACAUUGGGAUUGUUCGUGCUCUUUCAGAUUGGUUGUGCAUUAGCCCCAAACAUAGCUGCGCUGAUCAUCUUUCGAUUCUUGGCCGGCUUUUUCGGUUCUCCGACGGUCACAAACUCUGGCGGGUCUAUCACGGACCUUUGGCCGCAGAGUGAACGAUCAGUUCCGUUGGCUCUGUUUUCCGCUGGUAGCUUCCUAGGGCCUGUCUUUGCCCCUGUAGCCGGCGGGUUUGUCUCGGAAUACCUCUCUUGGAGAUGGAACUUUUGGCUGGUGCUUAUCCUGAGCGGGGUUAUCUACGUGACAUGCGUGCUCUUCCUUCCUGAGACAUACGCCCCCAAGCUUCUGCGGGAUAAGGCUCGGCGUCAGGGAAUUGUCCAGACUGGUCCUUCUCUCCAAGAGCAGCUACGGACCUGCCUCAUCCGUCCCUGGCUAAUGCUCUUCGCGGAACCGAUCUUAUUCCUCCUCUCUCUCUACAUGGCCUUCAUUUACGGCAUCCUCUAUCUCGACUUCACGGCGUAUCCGAUUGUAUACAAACAGUCCCGCGGCUGGUCUUCAGGUAUCGCGGGCCUGUCCUUUCUCGGAAUGGGUACGGGCAUGGCCAUUGCAACCAUUGCCUCUCCCUUUGUAAACACUAUCCAUGGGAAAUACGUAACCAAACUUGGUCCCGUCCCAGAAGCCAGAUUACCCCACCUUAUCAUCCUGUCUUGGUUGAUCCCUGUCAGCCUCUUCUGGUUUGGUUGGACCGCCCUGCCUCCGAAGCAUUGGAUUGUAGGAAUCAUUUCUGGGGCUCCAUUUGGAUUUAGCCUGAUAUUGCUUUUUCUCAGCAUCACGUCUUACCUCACAGACUGCUACGGUCCGUAUGGCGCGAGUGCCCUUGCAGCCAAUGCAGUUUUCCGCUCCAUAUUCGGAGCUGUCUUCCCCCUCUUUGGGACAUAUCUGUACGAUGGACUUGGCGUGCCAUGGGGGUCUAGCCUGCUGGGUUUCUUUGCGCUAGCCUUCGCUCCUCUCCCGUGGGUAUUUUAUCGGUUUGGGCCUCGAAUUCGGAUGAAGAGCAAGUACCAUCGAAUGAUGAUGGGUGAUGGAGCAUAG